AUUUGAUUCGAGUCGGGGCACACGUUCGCAUCGAAGAGAAAAAAAAAAAGCUGAAAAAAAAGAAAAAUUAACUGAAAAAUAAAUAUUAACUGAAUAGUUUUAUUUUAAUUGUGACUUAAACAAAAUAUCAAUAUGAAGGUUAAAGUAAACCUUGGCGAUGACCAAGAAAACACAAAAGGUAAGCCAGAUCGUAAACGUCCAAAAUCCGGGAAAUCCCUAAGCGAUGUUGAAUCGGAGACGCCGUCGAAGAUUGGCAAACUCUCUGGCGAGGACCUACCGUCAGAUGAGAAGGAGAAUACACCCACCAACCCCAUGAAGCUAUCAGACAUCAACAAAGCGGUGUUCGGUGUCUUCAAGAAGAUGCAGAAGACUCCAUUGUCGCAAAAGAUUAUCAAUUCUUUGAUCGUUUUGUUGCGCGAUGAUACAAAUAUACCGCAGCGUACUGCUACUUGUGCCUAUGUGCUCAAGCGCUUCGUUCGAUCCACGGGCGCCGAUGAUAUCCAGGCGGUGUCUCUGGCCGCCAGUUAUAUUCAUUGCAUUUUGAGUUCCGUGCCCGGAAUCGAUGCUUUGGAAGUCCUUGCCACCAUGAGGAAAGAUCUGGCUGUGGGUAGUCAGCAAAAAGGCAAGGAGGACACACUGGCGGCCGUGGGACAGAUGGUCACGGCUUAUUCCAUUUUGCAAACGCCGCAGUUUGUAGAAGAGCCAGAUCCCAAGUUGGUGGCUGCUGUUUACGAGAUUCUGGUGUCCCAGCUGAAGGGCCGUGAGUAUUUGGUGCUUAUGUGCUCCGACAUAAUAGCAGAUUCGUUCAAAACGCUUCCUGACAAACUUUUCAUGGAGCAUGUCUGGCCCUUGCUCCAGAGACCCUUGAACAAGCCUCUCAGUGGUCUCAAGGUUAAUACCUGUGAUAUUUUGCUGUCCGUACACCUGGAAUACCCAUCGAUUCUGGUACGCGAACAACUCCUCGUUAGUCUCUGGACCAAUGAGCCUCAAUAUGCAGAGCUCUUCGAACUCUAUAUCGCCGGCUCCACUAUCCACAGUGAUGGUGUCUACUCGCGCUUGGCCAGAUUCAUAGCAUCCGGCGGGCAGGAGGUGCUCUCCGCUUGGCAGCAGUUUGUGGAUGCCAAGCAGCCGAUUAAGUUCAACUCUGCCAAGGCCUGUAUCAUACAGGUUCUGGGCCACAUCAUCCUAAACUAUGACAACGAGGACGAGCAACCAAUUCUGGAUCUGUUCACUCCGACCACAAUUCAGUUUCUGAUCCAGGAGCUAUCUAGUGUCAAGUCGGACAAAAGUCAUGUGAAGAAACCGUCGCAACAGGAACUACGCGAUAUUGUCCUGAAGUUCGAGGGAAUUCUUCUGAUUGCAUUCGAGCAGCACCUGAAAAAGGAAGAGACAAAGCUGCAGUUGCUCCAGAAAUUCCUGGCCGAGAAGAUCCAAUUGGACUGGGUGAUUAGCUUGCCUCGUUUCAGUCACCAAGUCAUUGCCUGUCUGGGCGUCGAGAGCCUUAAGACUCUGUUCGAGUUCUAUCAGACGAAACUUACCAAUUUGAGUGACGAGGACAAGUCGAUCGGAACUCAUUGUCUCAAUCAGUUGCACUUCAUACUCCAGAACAGUGAGCUGGCCGAAAAGGAGAGCAAGUGGCGCAACAAACAGCUGCGUCAAUUGAUGGUAGCCGCUCUGUUUCAUUUAGACGGCAGCCUGGAGCCGUGCUUGGCCAGCGAGGCCAGCCUCUUUAGCCGCCAGUGCUCGGCGCGCUGCGAGGAGAUCUUCUUGAACUGCUUGCUCCACAAGUGCCCGGGUCUGCCGGCACUGGUCCAGUUACUCCGCAAGAACUUUGUCUACCUGAACAAGCAGCUGGCGAAGGACAACGCCGAGAACAAGUUGCUCCAUCCGCGUGAUAAGGCUCUCCUGAAGGCCUGGCCGGAGGUGGAGAAGCUGCUGAAAGAGCCCAGUGACGAAUCUGACGAUGUGGCCCAGAGCUUCGAGGCUUUAAUCUAUUUUGUAGCCAUAGCAUUAUGCACUAAAAGCACUUUGCCAUUCAUCGUGUUGGAUGAUCUGAUCAUCUGCCGCAAGAACGCCUUGGGUAAAGUCGAGGAAAAGCCUGAUUCGCCCGAUGAUGCGUCCGAAGAUAAGCCCGAGUGGCAGGAUGUCCUUACUGAUGCCCUUUUGCAGAUGCUCCUGCAAACUGGCCACUUCUGGCGCGAGUUCGUCAACUUGAUUGUCUCCUCUGUGAUUCCUCAGCUAAGGAAUAACAACCUGGAGCAGAUCUUAGAAGUUCUUAACAUGAACAAAAAUCCUCUCUCCAAGAAUGAUGAAGACGACGACAGCUAUGAUGAAGAAAGCGACGACGAGAAUUCUAGCUCGGAAGAUGAAGAUGGAGAGGAUCAGGAAGCAGAUGAUAAGGAUAGCGAUGAAGAUGGUGACGAGACCUACUUGGCUCAAAUCCGUGAGAGCGUGCGUCUAGCUCUUGAGGGUGACGGCCAAGUCGACGAUGACGGCAGCAGCGUUGAUUGGAAUGAUGUAGACGAGGCCCAAGGCCAGCGCCUGAAUGCCGCUCUGGAACGCUCCUUCCAGCUUUACAAACCCAAAUCCGCCAAGGCCCAGGCCAAGCAGGGGCCCACCAAAUCCGAACGCAUCGAUAUCACCAGUCUUAUGCACUUCCGUAUCCGUGCUUUGGACUUGCUUGAUCUUUUCACCACCCACAAACCGACACAGGGUGUGAUCCUGGAUGUACUGCUUUGCGCUUUCCAGGUGUUCCGCUACAGCGUCCUCCAUUCGAAGCACCAGCCAAUACAAGAAGCCAGCUUGAAGUUAUUGAAGAAAGUGCUGGCAAAGAAUAUUAAUUUUGAAUCGAAUCCCGACAAGUCACCAAUUCUGGAGGCCAUUGAGCAGCUGCUGACCACCGGCGAGAAGACAGAUGACGAUGACAACGAGAAGAACAAGCAGCAGACCAGCCGCAAAUCCAAGGCUGAGAUCACCGCCUGGCGCGAUAAGUGCUUCGCCUAUUUGGUCAAUCAGGGAUCUAUGAAUGAAGACCCCAAGAAGAGCGCUGUGUGGCCGCAGCUAGUGAAGCUAUUGGAUCUGUGGGUGGCCAACCGCAACACCAUCCUGUCCCUGGGCAGUUUCGAGGCUCUGUUCCAAGCUGGGCAAUGGGCUGGCGUAGCACCGCUGGCAGUGCUUCUAGUAUCCCACUUGGAUCUAGACAAAACCCGUAGUCUGCGUCGCGCACAGAUUCUCAAGCUUUUCGCCGGACAAUUCCGUCGUCUGGAGGGGGCCCUCCAGGAUGAGGGUUCCGACGAUGCCAAAGAAUUCGAGCAGCACUUGGUCCGAUAUGUCACUCAGCUGGAGGAGUCGGACAAGUACAGUGCCAAAGAGUUGGAGCUACUCCAAAAGAUUCUGACCCAGGGGGGCGAAAAGCGUGCUCAGCUCCUGGAGAAGAUCAAGAUCGUGGCCCAGAAGCCUCCAAAAAAUGCGAAUGAAGAGGAAGAGGAUGGUGACGAAGAGCCGGAGGAGGUAGAAGAAAUGGAUGUCGAUGAGGAGGGAGAGGAACCCGAAAAGAAGAAGUCGAAGAAAACUAAGAAGGCCACUUUAGUGGUGGAAGGAGAGUUAGAUAUUGAGGCCUAUGAGCAGCUGAAGAAGAUGUCUGGAAAAGAGAAAAGGAAGCUGGAGAAGGACUUAACAAAGCAGUUGAAGAAGGCCCAAAAAGCAGUCAUAUUACAGGCUCAAGAAGAAGAAGAUGAAGACGACGAGGUGGGCCUAGAUGGGCAGAAUCAGAUGGAGGAGGAUGAGAGCGAGAACGAGGCCGAGGAGGAUCAGGCGGAGGAGGAUGAGGAGAAUGAUGAUAAUGAGGUAGAGGAGGAAGGCGAGGAGGAGGAAGAGGUGGACGAGGACUUAGAAGAAGAGGAGGAAGUGGAGGAUGAAGAGAGCGAGGAGGAAGAUAAUAAUUAG